AUGGCGUUCAAUUGUGUUGUUGUGCGUUUAGCUUCCGGGUCGUGCAACGAGUGCGCAGCUCCACAUUACAUUUUCCUCUAGCCCUCCUUUAUGCUAUAGGCACUUACAUUUAGUUAACAUCCAGGUGUUUCUAAACCCGGAAACAGAGGCACUGACGGGGAGCCAUGUCGCUGUAUGAUGACCUCGGUGUGGGUGCCAGUGACACCAAGACCGAAGGCUGGUCCAAGAACUUCAAGCUGCUGCAGUCCCAGCUGAAGGUGAAGAAAGCGGCUCUGACCCAAGCCAAGACCCAGCGGAUGAAGCAGACCACGGUCUUGGCUCCUGUUAUUGAUCUAAAGAGAGGGGGCUCCAGUGAAGAGAGACAGAUCGCAGACACUCCUCCAUAUGCUGCCGCUGGACUCAAGGAAGCUGUCCCGAGUGGUUUCUCUUCAAGCGAUGUGCUGAUCCCGUUGGCGGACGAGUACGAUCCAAUGUUCCCAAACGACUACGAAAAAGUGAUGAAGCGACACCGAGAGGAACGACAGCGCCAGAGGGAGCUGGAGCGGCAGAAAGAGAUCGAGGACAGAGAAAAGAAAAGGAAAGACCGGCCAGAUGGUGGAGCUCCAAGUGGUUUCUCUCGCUUUCCUGCAGCAGAGGGCGAGUCUGAUGAGGAGGAGGACUACGAGGCAGAGCGGAGGAAAAGGAUGAUGGGUGGAGCAGCUAUCGCCCCUCCUUCUUCACUUGUGGACAAAGAUGGCUCAUCGUUCUCAUACGAAGAUGAAGGUCGCCCCGCCAGAGGCUCAAAGGCCGCCAUCCCUCCACCGAUGUACGAGGACUCUGAGCGCCCCCGUUCACCGCCCGCACCAACCAGCUCCUUCCUGGCCAACAUGGGAGGUACGGUGGCUCAUAAGAUCAUGCAGAAGUACGGCUUCAAAGAAGGCCAGGGCCUGGGGAAGCACGAGCAGGGCCUCAGCACGGCGCUGUCAGUGGAGAAGACCAGCAAGAGGGGCGGAAAGAUCAUCAUAGGCGACGCCGCAGAAAAACCAGGGUCCAGCCAGACAGUCGCUGCUGAGACUUCAGGCGGAGGCUCUGCAGCGGACUCCUCCAAGAAGUCGGACGCCAACCCGCUCACAGAGAUCCUCAAGAACCCGACCAAAGUGGUCCUGCUGAGGAACAUGGUGGGCCGUGGAGAGGUGGACGAAGACUUGGAGGGCGAGACGAAAGAGGAAUGCGAGAAAUACGGCAAAGUGGUGAAAUGUGUCAUAUUUGAGAUUGCAGUGGUGCCGGACGAGGAUGCUGUUAGGAUAUUUCUGGAGUUUGAGAGGGUGGAGUCAGCCAUCAAAGCUGUGGUGGAUCUGAACGGUCGGUAUUUUGGCGGGCGAGUCGUCAAGGCGUGCUUCUACAAUCAAGACAAGUUUCGGAUUCUGGACCUUGGGGAGCAGUUCUGACGUCUCCCCAGGCCCACAUCGUCUCCUCGCUUGUACAUAAACCUUUUUUUAAUGAGCAGCAGUGAAUUGUCUGUAUGUAGUGUUCAUCUUAUUGUUUUCUGUUCAUUUUUGUCCUGAUAUGUGAAGACCUUUUACGUCGAGACAAAAUAAAGUGAAGAAAAUGUC